AUGAUUUCAUCAUCUUCCUUCGGAUCUAGCUCGUCCUCAACAGGAUCCAACCAUAACAGCACUGCCUCUUCCUCCCAUCCCUCUCCCAAUCGAUACAACUACCAACAAGCUAUUCGGGAUGGAGCCAUUCGUUCCAUGUUCAUGAAUUAUUUAAAUAAUAAUUUCGGACAGGAACCGUUAGAAUUCAUCGACAGGCUCGAUAUGUACAGAGCCAUGUAUCGAUUUGUUAAUAAUUCUCUGAUGAAACUAAAUAAUAACAAGGCUGAAUCAAAUAACCAUAAAUUGCAACAAACAGUUGUAAAAGGAUCCCAAAAGAAGAGCAAACGCGCUUGGUUAUUCAGUGAUUCUUCCGUUUUCAUCAACCAACAUGAUAUAAAUACACGACAAUCCAUUCAAAAGAGUAUAACAGAGGUCGUGAUUACACAUCCUAACAUGGAGUCCAUCAUCAAAAUCUUGUUUAAACAAGUGAUUGAUAUAUUUACGUUUGGUUUGGCAAAUUUGAGUCAAAACUAUACUGUAUCAGCUCCCUCGUUACACGCUUUCGUUGAGUUGUUUUAUCUUGUAAAAAAGAAUGAUUUACUUGUUGCAGGACAAGAAGAACAAAUGACCGAGAUCAUUAACAGAUGUAAGCCAUUGGAAAAAUACGCUGAUGAUAUGUCAAAGCAGAUUUUGAGAGACGAUCACCCACACGACACAAUGCUAAACGAUACGACGUCACCACAAGCAUCUACCAACGACCUCAGAACACCUAUUAUGUUGAGCGAAAUAUUCAGGAAAUUACAUCCUGUUCACUUGUUGAUUCACUAUGCGAGUGGAGUGCAUUAUGACUUGGCUCUCGAAUUUCACAGCUUUGUGAUCAAUAACAGGAACGAGUUUGAGCAGCACAUUGAGAAGAGAGGAAAAGAUUUCAAAGAGAGUUUAUUAUUGAAUAGAACAGGGCUCGAUUUACAAGAAUCUGAUUUGAGAAAUCCUAAAUUUAAAGAACGUCAUAUUCAUUUGGGUUAUGCAUUAGAAGAAGAUUCUGAGCACUGGGAACAAUUGGCAUUAGACUCUAGUGAGGAUGUGGGUUUACAAUGUUACAUCUCUAAGAAAAAAUAUGUACUUGACCCUUCACGAAAUUUUAAAGGAAUGAAGCUGGUCAAGAUGGUUAUUGAUUUUAAAUUUCCAUUGGAGGAUGUUUGGAGCGUUUAUUGGUCAGGUGAUGACCAUAAAAUUCUUGAUUCACAAGCAUUUACAGAAAAUUAUUGUGUUCAUUACCAACCUCCUUCCAAAAACAAAGUGUCUGAAGAUGGAUCUCAUAGAUUUGGCUUUGUUCUUGGAAGAUCGAUCAUUAAUACCAACGUACCAGUGCUACAAAAGAGAUGUUUUAACUAUUCCAUGACAACUAUUCGAGAUGUAGGUCCAAAUGGUUGUGACACUAUUAUGAAUUUAGGUCACUCAGUCAAUCCAGACGUUGUUGAUGAUAUUUUGGAAGGCCACUUGUCUGAAGAAGACAGACAAAAGCACAAAAAGUAUAUUCUCACCACUGGGCUCUUUUAUCACAUUUUUAUUCGUGUUGGAAACAACCAUACGAAAUAUGUUCAUAUUUGUUAUCUUGACAUGGAUAUUCCUUUUCUGUCAGGAAAACUCUUCAGGAACAUUUGGAAACGAAGAGCUAAAUUGUAUAGAAAGACUUAUAUGGACCUACUAAACGGAAAAACUGACAAUGGCAAGAAAUCUGUUAACGCUAAUGAACUUACAGAUUCUUUAUUAUUUAAAAAACCAAUGGAUGAUCAGUUUGUAGAACCAACGUGGUAUAACGAUUUCAAAAACGGUGUUGAAAGGUUUUAUGAUAUUGAAAACUACAAUGUCAAGUUAACUCCAGAAUUACAACAAUCACUCGAGGAGAUAACCAGAGCAGAUCAAGAGUAA